GCCCUACCUCCAGGAGCGGCGGAAAAGCAGAGACUUUCCAAUCGAGCCGACCUAAACCUUCCUGGCUUUGCUCCUAGCUCGCUGUGUGACUGUUGAUGCCCUGGUGGAGCGGAAGCGGGGUCAAUACCUCCACUGGCCAGCAGAGGGCAGGCGAUGACCAGCCUUCUCGCCCAGUUGCGCAUCCUCUCCGCCGGCAGGCGCCAAGAGGGAAACAGGACUGGAUACAACUGCAGAAGCAACAAGUGAACCUUUAAAGAUGCAUAUGGGGCUGCACAAAGAGAAGAGAGAAACUGGAGAAACCAAGGAAAUGAGGAAAAAGUUUAAUAGGGAAAACCUGCUUUCUGCAAACAACUGAAAAAGCCGCCCUUGGAAGCUGUUUCUUUGGGCCUCAUGGAGCAGCUGGAACCUGUGCUGUGAGGCCCCCGACAGGAGGAACUGUCGCCCACUGAUCACCCAGCGCGGCUAUCGCCAUGGCCAGCAAGAGGAAGUCCACCACCCCGUGCAUGAUCCCCGUGAAGACUGUGGUGCUGCAGGACACCGGCGCCGAGGCCCCGCCCGCGGAGCCCGUGCCCGAGGGGCCCCCGCAGGAGCCACCCCCAGAAGUUCCCACCGCCAGCGGCGAGGCCACCCAGGGCGCCAGCAGUCCGGACAGCGCCGCACUGGCCAACGGGCACUGGAGCACCUUGGACGGCUACACAUAUGCCUGUAAAUGCUGUGACUUCAGAUCCCAGGACAUAACCCGGUUUGUGGGACACCUGAGCUCAGAGCACACAGACUUUAGCAAAGACCCAAACUUUGUAUGCACUGAAUGCAGUUUUCUGGCAAAAACUCCCGAGGGGCUUUCUCUGCACAAUGCCAAGUGUCACUCGGGGGAAGCCAGCUUUGUGUGGAAUGUGGCCAAGCCAGACAAUCAUGUUGUCGUGGAGCAGAGUGUCCCCGAGAGCACCAGCCCUCCCGACCCGUCGGGGGAGCCAAACAUGGAAGGGACGGAUGGACAGGCGGAAAUCAUCAUCACCAAAACUCCAAUCAUGAAGAUAAUGAAAGGCAAAGCCGAAGCCAAAAAAAUUCACACGCUCAAGGAGAACGUCCCCAGUCAGCCUUCUGGGGAGGCCUUACCGAACCCUUCGUCCGGGGACACGGAGGUGAAAGAGGGGGACCACGCCUUUGUCAACGGGGCAGCCCCGGUCAGCCAGGCCUCUACCAACUCCGCAAAACCCCCGCACUCGGCCAACGGGCCCCUGCUGGGGACGGUGCCGGUGCUGCCUGCGGGCAUCGCCCAGUUCCUCUCCCUCCAGCAGCCGCCCCCGCACGCCCAGCACCACGCCCACCAGCCCCUGCCCACGGCCAAGUCCCUCCCCAAAGUGAUGAUCCCCCUGAGCAGCAUUCCCACGUACAACGCGGCCAUGGACUCCAACAGCUUUCUGAAGAACUCUUUCCACAAGUUCCCCUACCCAACCAAAGCCGAGCUCUGCUAUUUGACUGUGGUCACCAAGUACCCGGAAGAACAGCUCAAGAUCUGGUUCACCGCCCAGAGGCUGAAGCAAGGUAUCAGCUGGUCCCCGGAGGAGAUUGAGGACGCCCGGAAAAAGAUGUUCAACACGGUCAUUCAGUCCGUCCCUCAGCCCACAAUCACUGUCCUCAACACCCCGCUGGUUGCCAGUGGCGGCAACGUCCAGCAUCUCGUCCAGCCCACUCUGCCUGGCCACGUGGUGGGCCAGCCAGAGGGCACAGCCGGGGGACUUCUGGUCACUCAGCCACUGAUGGCCAACGGGUUGCAGGCACCCAGCUCAUCUCUCCCCCUGGCAGUCACAUCUGUCCCCAAGCUGCCCGCUGUUGCGCCCAUUAACACUGUGUGUUCAAAUACAACGUCUGCCGUGAAGGUGGUGAAUGCUGCCCAGUCCCUCCUCACGGCGUGCCCCAGCAUCACCUCCCAAGCCUUCCUGGAUGCCAGCAUCUACAAAAACAAGAAAUCUCACGAACAGCUGUCAGCUCUGAAAGGGAGCUUCUGUCGGAACCAGUUCCCAGGACAGAGCGAAGUUGAGCAUCUGACCAAAGUGACCGGCCUCAGCACCCGUGAGGUGCGGAAGUGGUUCAGCGACCGCAGGUACCACUGCCGGAACCUGAAGGGCUCCAGGGCCGGGCUGGCCGGGGAGCACGGCACCCUCCUCGUCGACUCUGUGCCCGAGGUGCCCUUCUCCCUGGCGUCCAAGGCCCCGGAGGUGACCUGCCUCCUGACAGCGGCCACCCCGGCUACCCCCCCUUCUGCCAAGCGACAGUCCUGGCACCAGACCCCCGACUUCACACCAACCAAAUACAAGGAGCGGGCCCCCGAGCAGCUCAGAGCCCUGGAGAGCAGUUUUGCACAAAACCCCCUUCCUCUCGACGAGGAACUGGACCGCCUGAGGGCUGAGACCAAAAUGACCCGCAGGGAGAUUGAUGGCUGGUUCUCAGAGAGACGGAAAAAAGUGAGUGCCGAGGAGGCCAAGAAGGCUGAGGAGGGCGCCUCUCAGGGGGAGGAGGAGGCCGCCGAGGACGAGGGGGAGGAGGGCUCGGCCAGGGACCCGAGGGUCCCCGGGGAAGACGGCUCCCUGGAAGCGCCCGGCAGCCACGUGCUGGCAGAACGCAAAGUCAGCCCCAUCAAGAUCAACCUCAAGAACCUGCGAGUCACGGAGGCCAACGGCAAGGGCGAGCUCCCGGGGCUGGGCGCCUGUGAGCCCGAGGACGACACGCCCAGCAAGCCAGCGGAGCAGCUGCCGGGCAAGGUGAGCUGCAGGAAGACGGCCCAGCAGCGGCACCUGCUGCGGCAGCUCUUCCUGCAGACGCAGUGGCCCAGCAACCAGGACUACGACUCCAUCAUGGCCCAGACGGGCCUGCCGCGGCCCGAGGUGGUGCGCUGGUUCGGGGACAGCAGGUACGCCCUGAAGAACGGCCAGCUCAAGUGGUACGAAGACUACAAACGGGGCAACUUCCCCCCCGGGCUGCUGGUCGUCAGCCCCGGCAACCGGGAGCUGCUGCAAGACUAUUACGCGACCCACAAGAUGCUGUACGAGCAGGACCUGCAGAGCCUCUGCGACAAGACCCAGAUGAGCGCCCAGCAGGUCAAGCAGUGGUUUGCCGAGAAGAUGGGCGAGGAGACCCGGGCCGUGGCCGACAUGGGUGGUGAGGGCCAGGGCCCCAGCGACCCUGCAGCAGUUCACAAAGGGAUGGGCGACACCUAUUCAGAGGUGUCCGAAAACAGUGAGUCAUGGGAGCCCGGUGCCCCUGAGGCCAGCUCAGAGCCCGUUGACACGCCGAGUCCCCAGGCUGGACCUCAGCUGGAAACUGACUGAACCGGAACCGACGGCUGUGAAGGCCUGGCCAGGGCGGCCGCCCUCCACGUGGAAGGGCCUGACCCCUCUCUGCUGCCAUGGGCCGCUGCCGUACCCAGCCCGCCAGGCUCACACAGGUCUCCACGCGGCCAAGCCUGCCGCCGCCCGCACCCGGCCCGCCACCCGGCCCGCCACCCCAGCGAGCAGGGAGGAGCGUCUGUCAGUUCUUCCGCCCACAAUGUAGGACCUUUCCUUUGCCUUCCAGUGGAUAAAUAGUUCAGAUUUCAUAUUCAUAGACACAGAAUCAAGUUUUUAACAUAUAAAUCUGCCUAUACACAUUUAAUAAAACAUCAGAUUAUAAACACUUCCAUUACAUAGAAACUUUGGUUAGCAAAGCAGUACAUGGUCUUUUACAUCAUCUCUGGAAAUGCCCCAUGUCUGUUCUCUGGAGAUCGCUGGGCUGCGUGUUCCCGCACCUUCCACGGUCAGGCCGGGGUUAUCACACGCUCAGAACCGCACCUGCAACCGCUGGGGCCCCCUCUGCGCUCCUCCAGGAAGGCGGCACCUUUGAAUAGACCUCUGCUCCUUAAGCGGUGACCAGCAACAUUGCAUAGCAGGUUUGCCUCGCCUUACGGGAUGAUCGGUGCAGAACCCGCUGUUACCCGCAGUUCAGAAAACUGACCUGUGAUUAGUGUUUGAUGCUUACCACUCUCGUAAGUUGUUACAGUAAUUCUGCUUUUUCAUGGGAGUUUGAAUCAUGGACCAUAACUCUUCAGUGAUCAGAUCAACUAAAGAAACAUUUGUUAUUAAGCCUAAUGUACUGACCUAUGUGCCGCCUUUUUUUUUUUUUUUUUUUUUCAGUCUAGACACGUUUAGAGGAAAAUUGACAAGCGAAACAGGGAUGGGGGAUGGGAGUGAAGGCACACAGCCGCUGGGGCUCUCUCUGCCCUCUAUCCACCCUCACUCCUGAGCCGUCUCUGGUUUGGGAAGGAAGGCCCACGCUCGCCUGGUUAGACUGAGAGCUGGCGGGAUUCGGGGACUUCUCGGAAUUAUCGGAGCCGGGUGGCCCUCAGCACAAAGACCUGCAUGUGGAGUUCCCAGCAGAAGACCCAGAGUCCUCCUGGCCCCCGUGCCUGGGGCCUGGUUGGCAUGCUGGACAUCGCUGGACAGGUCCUUGUGAGGAUGUUUUUAAAGUUCUAUAUUUAUAUCCCCAAACUUGGAAACAGGAUCUCUGUCUACUUUAGCUUAACCCUCAUAUCCAUCUUUUUAAUUGAGAAAAGUCACAGGAAAAGGUGCCUUUGAAACACUGAGAAACUUGCCUACAAAGCUGUGCUAAACGGUAAAUCCCUAUCUCCCCGAGACCGGCUGCCCUGAGAGCAGCAGGUAAAGAGGGGGCUGGCAAAGGUGCAUCACCUCCCAGAAACCACCUGCUUCUCAGAGCACCAAGGCCUCGGAGACCCCAGAGAGAGGGCAGGGGCUUUGGGCAAGAAAUACAGGGGGGUGGGGGCUGUUCGGCACGGUCCUUCUCCCCCACCCCACCCCCCGGGAACUGGGCCGGGCAGGCACCUCGCGGGUUUGGCUCUGAGCACAGAGAUGGGGGUUGCGCCUCCUGCCUCCAGGAGAGGCUUUUCUUCGUAAACCAAAAGCCCUUGCACCAUUGUUCUUCUAAAGUGUCUCCUCUCGCUUGCCCUGUCCCGUUAGGGACCACCUCUUCUUUGUUUCAAACAGGUGACUUGUGAGGACUUGGCAAGUUUGGCAGCCUGUUUUUGUAUCCUUUCCAUAUUUAGCCCCAAGGCCUCUUUGCGGAAUUGCCCAGAAUGGCGAGUGAUUGCCUUCCUUCAGAGAACAGACACCUAGAACUUUUCCUGUAGUGGUUAUGUACAUGCAGAUUAAUUUAUAUGUAUCCAUAUACAGCACAGAUACUCGUUUGAUGCUUUACUCGUGACGCGUACGCCUGACGUGGCACGUGGGUGUUGGGGAGAGCAGCCCGUGUCGGGGAGUUGCUGGGGAGGCCGGGGCGGCCCCGCGCGAAGCCACCUCCGAGUGUCCGCGACACCACCCUGCCGGCGUCACUCCCAGAGCCCUGCGUGCCCCGGCCGAGGGCCGUGUCUUUACAGAGGAGUUUCUUGGUUAUUUUAUUUGUAUUCACGUCAUUUACAACCCAAACAGCGAAACAGAAAACAUAAAUUACAUGGUGGACAGGUUCACGCAGGACAUAGGGCCCCGACCUCAGCACCAGCUCGUCCUUAAAAGGUGGAAGCGUCACGGUGCUGCCCGCGGGCAGGUUUUGCUCACAGGCGUCAGCCUGCCCGCUAGCCAGGGCCACCCCCCAAACGGCGAGACUGCCCAGGCUGGACAGACCCUCCUCCUUCCUUUGCUCUCGGACCCGAGUGACUAAGGAAUGAGGUGAUGGAGACAGAAAUGGUUGGUUCAUCGUGCAGGUGCCUAAAGGGACGUCGCAGCAGGUACCCAGGGCCCUGGGGGCAAAACCAGGAACACAGCCAACCGGCUACAGAGACGCAGGCACAGCAGCCCGGAGCCGGCGCGUGCCAGAGUUCGGUGGGGAUGCAGGACGGCCGCAGCCAGCCCCGUGGCCAGGGAGGUCACCACGGUUUGUGCCCCACCCAGGGUUAGACUGUGCUGCUGCCUUCAGGAGAGGGCAGGCUGUGGGCUCUAGAGUUGAGGGAAGUAGGGUGGGGUUAGUCUCUCCCAAAGAAAAAGCUUGUUUUGUAAGGUGACUAAUCUUUCCCCUCUUCUCUGUAUGCACUUGGACUCAUCAGAGAUGGUGAAAUAUGUCAGUGUUUCUUGUUGCCUGUGUCUUGUACGUGUUUGGUUUAUUAUAUUUUUUACAUGGGGUUGUAGAUCCAGUUUUAAUAGGUGUGCCCAGAUCACCAUUCUGAUAAAGGAAACAUGGAUUUAUGAUACAGAUACUUUGCAUACUUUGAUUACGUAUAUUAAUUCUUGACUAUUGAGGAGCUUUGUGAUUUGGAAGGCGGGCUCUCGUUUUCCUGAGUCGUGGGCUCCUGAAGUGGAAAGCCUGGCUGGAGGACUCGUGGCACCUGGGGUGGGUGGCCCUGUAUGACUUGGAGCUCCUUUUGCAGCCAAGUGCCCGCCCUGCUGUCGGGAAGCAAAGGUGGGAGGUGGGUGAGGGUCGGUGGUACCUGCAGGCUCCCGAAUGCGCUCACGGCCCUGGGAGGCCGUCCCACCGGGAAGUCUCAGCAUGUUCUCCAGGCCGAGAUGUGCGUGCCAUGGGUUUUGUCCUGCUCAGUCCGUGGUCCCGUGGCAGGUCCUGUGACCCCCCUCUCCCCCGUGUGCCAGGCUGCCUUCCACAGAGGCUUAGCAUCGCCCUUUUAGUGCACCUCCUCACCCACAGCUCCCUGCUUGUGCCGCCCUGCCUUGGGCCCGGUUGCCUCUUGUCUUCCUGCGCUCUUCUCGGACCAGAAUCCUCGGGUUGGAGUGGCUUUGUCUAUUCAGACAUCGCAGCCCAAGUGGAUAAAGGCACUUUGCAGGAGAGGAGAACCAGCCCAGAAGAAAACCUUAAACAAACCAAACCUGGAGUUUGGGCUUUUCCUAAAGUUUCUUCCCCCUUUUUCCUCACUCAGACUUUACCUGGGGCAGGUUAUUGGUUUGACUCACCUUUUGUAUUAUGUCUAGAUUGUCCUGUAUCCCAUUGAUUGGCAAGGCUCAGUUAUGUGCUGGAGAAGAAAAGUCCCCUAGACACGUAAAGGUCCGCGUGGCCAGCCCUUCCAGGCGGAAGCCGGCAGCCUGCCCGGGUCAGGAGAGUAACGGGGCUCCAUCCUCCCCACUCCCACUGGAGGCCCCUCUCCAGCUCUCCUGAACCGGCUUCCUUCGCCUCCUUUCUCGGGAGCACAGGCCCUCCCAGCCUUCCUGCCCGGGACUGGGGGGCCAUCUCCGUGUGACUGGGGGAGCACCUGCCCUCACAGAAGCUCCAACACCCAGAGAAGUGGGGAGUGUGGAGCCCAUGCCCUCUCCUGAACGGGCCCCUCCCGGAGCAAGGCUUCAGUCUGUUUUGUCUCCUGUGGUCCAUUCAUAGUAGCCGAGCCGUGCAACAACGCUGGGGCUGAGGCGGCUGCAGGCAACCUCUCAACCAAGGGUUGGAUGCUGACUUGGGCCGAGUGAGUGGAGGGUGGAGGUGGGGAUCAUAGAACUGCUGGGCUUGCUGCCCGGCCCAGCUCUAGGUCUAGAUGGAACCCACGGACCUCGGUUGGAAGUCGUUUCUGCUGCAAUCUGUGUGUGUUCCCAGUGCCGUCACGCUGGGGAGGGGGCCGAGGGCUGACGGCAGCUCCCCCAGGUUGACCCAGAGUCCGAGCGGGAGGAGGAGCAGGUGGAACGCUCCCCCGGAGGGGGCGGGAGGCGCGCUCUGUGGUUCUUCAACCCUGAAGAACCGGUGACUUGCCUGUCAAUCCGGCCUCUCCUUUGCUUGGAGCCCCAGUCCUGCAGUCAGACUGGAGACCGACAGCCUGGACCCCGCGGGAACCAACCAUCCUACCUGAGCAGGGGUGGGGGCCCAGAGUGGGGGGGUGAGCAGGCGCCGCUGACCCUAUGGACAGGGGCGGGGCCAGCACCUGCUGCCUUGCGUUGUGACUAUCCUAUCUUGUGGUGUGCGGGACCGUGAGGAUUCCUGCGUUGCUGUCCUGGGCCCCAGGCUUUCACAGCCCUCAGGCUGCUCGGGCCAGAGCCCCACGGGGUGGAGGGGCUGUCUUCCCUCCGGCUGCAGGAGUCUCUCCUGCUGCCCACUCGGGGCAGGUGGCAGGCGGGGACCUGAGAGGGGUCUGCGUGCUUACCUGCCGUGAGCGCCCUUUCCUGAAUUCGGGAGCCGGGCUCCGCCGCGUGUGUGUUGAGUAGCUUUUCUUGGCUAAUGCUUUAUGACGUCUGUUCCUUCCCUUAAUGAGUGGUUUGAAGGCCCCCGAUGUGACCGGAGUUGGAGGUGGAAUGUCUCGGGUGGAGGCCGUCUGGAGUCGAGGAGCACAGGAAGCUGCAGGCCCGUGGUCUUUCUCAGGAGUCGGCGCAGAGCAGGCACCCGCAGAGGGGUGCCUGCUAAUCCUGUAAUUUGUGUUCAGAGAGAGACUGUCAUUCAUCCCCGGCCCCGGCUCCGGCCCGGCCCGGCCCGCGGCCCUGUCCUGCGGUUUGCUGCAGACGUGGCCCGGAGAGCCAGCGCCACCCUCAGCGGAUGCAGCCUGGUCGGCAGGCCACUGGGUGAUGCGGGCGGGGAGGGGUGCUCGCCCCCCGGCAGCGGGUUCCCACCCUGCUCCCCAGCACCGCCUUGUUCAGUGCGUCGGGAGGGCCGGACUGUGCCAUCGUUGUUGUUGGAAAGAGACCUUGUCCUCCCCCCCCAACCACGUGGUUGACUGAAAAGGUACUGAGUGGCGCGGCCUUUGUGCAAGUCGGGAAGAGGUUGCCAGAGGCCUGCAGGUUCCUGGUUUUCUGCCACCCACUACCGGUCUGGUCUUCAGCUCAGACCCUUUGUUCCCUGAGGGCGAGGGUAUCUGUGGAAGGGAGGCUGGAGAGGGCAGGGGCAGCUGGCUUGUGGUGCGCUUCCCGUCUCCCGGAGACGCCAAAGAAGCCAUCGUCUUGGUGCUAAGAGGCCACUGCCCGGCUUCUGUUUGUCCAGAGGGCCCCUCCUCCUGCAGUGGCUGCAUGUGAGAGACCAAACCGAGAGAGAGGCACAGGCACACUUUGGCUGUCACCGGGCCUGGCUGGAAGGGGGUUCUUUGCCCUGGGGAAAUGUUUUUAACAGAAAGAUGGAACUUGCCUUUGGACCGGGGCUGUGCCGGGGCAGGAGGGGUGCGCUGCCCUCUCCGGGCUGAGUCUCCGGGCCUCACAAGGUCCCCUGUGGGGAUGCUGCUAUUUCUAAGAUGCAAAUUGCACAUUUCCUAGAUUUUGUAUCUGUGGAUUUGGAUAAGGGAGGGGAACAGGGACAAACUGCUUGUACAAUUUGAAAUGGGCCGAAAUGGUACUGAAAAUCUUUCGAUUGCUCCUAAAUAAAAACGUAAACACA